CACCUCAAGCCAGCGGCACCAAUAAGUCAGCAGCGAUUAAACUUCACUGUUAAGCGAGGGCGCGUGGAAAAAGGCUUUCACACUGGGUAACUUCGAUGCCGUGAUCAGUCGGACUUUGACUGGCAUUGGACUGUGAUGUAUAUUCUUCAAACAGGUUGAUAAAGAAGACGUUUUUGAUGGCACGCGUCAGAAAGGAAGUGACACUUCUAGAGUGCAAGGAUGAAAAUGGGAUGUGCUGCUUUACAUAGGCCGAGGCACAAGUUCUACCUAUUUUUCGUGUCAUUGUUCAUAGUGUCUGUGCUGAAGCUCGUCUACGUGAAAGUUUUAGUGAGGAAGAGAUUCUACAUUGAGCCCUAUGGAAUUACAGUAAGCUCAUCCAAAGCUCAGCCUAACAAAGAUGCCAUUGACUGCACAGCCAUUUAUCAGCUGGAUCCAGUGGAAAUUGGCAAGUCUUUGGAGAUAAGGCGUAGAGACAUUGUGGAUUUGGAUGAUGAGAGUAUUGUGUCCUUCACUGCAGACUGUCCCAGAUACAUUGAAGCAAGGGGCUACAAUGGCAUCGCUGUGACUGACGAGGAGCAAAACUUUCCACUGGCCUACUCUUUAGUAGUGCAUAAAAAUAUCCCCAUGGUGGAAAGGAUUAUCAGAGCCAUCUAUGCACCACACAACAUUUAUUGCAUUCAUUAUGAUCAGAAGUCCUCCAAGAGUUUCAUUGCAGCAGUGACCAACCUGGCCAAAUGUUUUCCAAACAUAAUCAUUGCCUCCAAAUUGGAGUCAGUGCAGUAUGCGCACGUCACAAGACUCAAUGCGGAUCUCAAUUGCCUGUCAGACUUAAUGAGUUCAGAGGUCAAAUGGAAGUAUGCUAUCAAUCUGUGUGGGCAAGACUUCCCACUCAGGUCCAACUAUGAGCUGGUGCAGGAGCUAAAGAAACUAAAAGGGGCAAACAUGCUGGAGUCAAGCCGUCCCACUGAGCUAAAGAAACAGCGCUUCAUUUUUCAGCAUGAGUUGAAGGAAGUCCCGUAUGAGUAUCAGAAAUUACCCAUUAGGACUACACAUGCUAAAAGACCCCCGCCACAUGGCAUUGAGAUGUUUAUUGGAAGUGCCUACUUUGUCCUUUCACGUGAUUUUGUCCAUUAUGUUCAGACUAGCCAGGUAGCAAAAGACUUCCUAGAGUGGUCAGCUGACACAUACUCACCAGACGAGCACUUUUGGGCCACGCUGGUACGAGUGCCUGGGGUGCCAGGAGAGAUCUCCCGAGCUGAGCCUGAUAUGACUGACUUGAAGAGCAAGACUCGCCUGGUGAAAUGGAAUUACCUGGAAGGCUCUUUGUAUCCACCCUGCACUGGAACACAUAUGCGCAGUGUUUGUAUCUAUGGUGCUGCAGAACUCCGGUGGCUCCUGAACUACGGUCACUGGUUUGCAAACAAGUUUGAUUCCAAAGUUGACCCUGUCCUUAUUAAAUGUCUUGAGGAAAAACUUGAGGAGAAAAGAAUUAGACACUGGUUGAACACAGUCUCUUGAAGCAUUUAGGGUUUGUUUUACCUUGUAUUUGUUUCGCCUUGCCUUGCUGACAAUCUAUGAAAUACUUUCAUGAGCACCAAUGCAAAAUGUAAAUGUGAAAAAGCUCUAUCAAAAACACUACCUCAGCAAUCUUAAUGUUAAAAAUAUGUGUAUUACUGUGUCAUUAAGUGCCCUUUAUUUCAGUGCAAGGCAUCAACAAUCUGUAUAUUUAAGAGAAUUUAAUGGUAGCUUUUUGUAAUGACAAUAAUUUUUGCUGCAUUUAUUGUCUCCAUUGCACAAAUGAGAUAGUGUGUCUCUUAUUUUAAUAAAGAUCAUUUCAGA